AUGGACUCACCUCUCACCGCGACUCGGACUCGAGUACACGCCGUGUGGCCAAAACUUUCAUAUAAAACUGGUUCGGAGUAUUUAUUUAUUACUAUAAAUUACAACGACACUCGGACUCAAAGAGUAGUUCGAAACCGAAGAUCGACAAACCCUAGCGCUUAUCCUUGCCUAAACUCGAGAAUCUGUGAUGGCUUCAAAGAGGAUUCAGAAGGAGUUGAAGGACCUGCAGAAAGAUCCUCCUGCUUCAUGCAGUGCUGGCCCUGUUGGGGAGGACAUGUUCCACUGGCAAGCAACGAUUAUGGGCCCAACUGAUAGCCCAUUUGCAGGGGGUGUGUUUCUUGUAUCUAUUCACUUCCCACCGGAUUACCCGUUUAAGCCACCAAAGGUUUCUUUCCGCACCAGAGUUUAUCACCCUAACAUUAACAGCAAUGGUAGCAUUUGCCUCGACAUUCUUAAAGAGCAGUGGAGCCCUGCCCUUACCAUAUCUAAGGUGUUGUUGUCAAUAUGCUCGCUGCUGACAGAUCCAAACCCAGACGAUCCUCUGGUGCCAGAGAUUGCUCAUAUGUACAAGACUGACAGAGCCAAGUACGAGACUACUGCUCGAUCCUGGACCCAGAAGUAUGCCAUGGGAUAAGAGUGCUUAAUUCAUCUCUCGUCAUCCUAUAUCCAACUUGUCCUAGUAGUAAAUAAAUAGAAAAAAUGAACACACACCCUAAAUAUUUAAGAACUCUGGUCAUUUUAUUUCGUCUCUCCUUGUGUGUUGGGGAGUUAAUAUAUAGUUUCCUGUUAAAACCGAGUUUAUAUAUAUAUGAUAUGAUAUGAUAUGCUUUGCCUCAA